UAAUCAAGUACAAGGGAGGAGCGAAAAACCCGCAGACACUCGGCCCUCCGUGGAAUGAGUUUGACACGUGCCGUUUUUGUACCAGAAAAAAGGAGCGAGUGAGAUGUCUCGCUUCCUCUUCUGUCUCUGGACUUGACUUUCACAAGUUUGAAGUAGUCAACUGGUUGGGACUUCCUAUGGGUUAAGGAAGGAUCACAUAAUUCCAUCCAGGUCAUCAGGAGGGAUCAGCCAAUGAAUUAUACUCCUGAGUAAACAGUCCAUAACUGAAGCGGGCAGUAAAUCAGCAACCUUGUCUUUAUACCUGUUCAGACAACACACUCCAGGUGGCAGUAAACACCCUUGACUACUUUAAAAGAGAGAAAGCCCUCAAUGGUGCUGCCCAUUAUGGCACAGCUGCAAAGAAAGGACCCCUAUGUGGUAGGCCUACCUGCGAUGUUCAACACCUGGGGCGUAUUCAUUAUGCCGUUUCUGUUGCAAAACGUUUCUUAAACAAAACAGGAUCUACCUGAAUUUGUUCAAUAGAAACUCUCGUUUUAGUUGCAAAACCAUUUUGCAACUGUUUGGACUAUUGAUUACUCCCCUGCUUACUUCCGCAUUUGGUCUGAUUGGUCCAUUGCGUUUGCGUAGCACAUGGAGAUGUGUGAAACUCACUCCUCAGCCUGAAGUGUACCCAAUUGCGAAUCAGGAGGAAGUGGUACUCGUUAAGCAAGCAGCGUGACAUUCGUUACAAAUGGUGCCUUGACUCGGAUCUGCAGUUGCACUCAGCUCAACGCUAGGGUCGCUGUGGAGUAAGUUUGAGGGGUGAAUGCCGAAUAACUAGCUUUUUGCGUGGCACGACUGGCAAGACACUUCGGGAGAGCGGUCACGUGUGCUAACAAGGCAGAGGUCCUGGUUUCGAGCCUCGGUGUGAGGCUAACCAGGAGUAAGCAGUACUCGAUAAGCAGGCAGCGUGAUAUCCGUUACAUAUGGCCAUGACUCACUUAUCUACUUCCCUUCAAUAAUUUGAAAGGGAAUGACUGGUAUAAGAAAUAUGGUGGAAACUCCCACUAGCCUAGCCCAUGGCCACGUCCCAAAUGGCACAUUGUUAGCUACCUUUAUAGUUAGCUACUUUUGACAGGAGCCUUAUGGGCCCUGGUCAAAGUAGUUCACUAUAUAGGGAAUAGGGUGCCAUUUGAGAUGGAACCCAUGUCUCCACCAAGCCAAUGCUUUUAGAUUUGUGUGCCAUUAUCUUGUCUGCCAGUCAGCUAUCCAUGGUCCACACAACGCUGCCUACGUACUUCCUUUGGUUAACCUGUUUCCAUGCAUCAAUCUGGGGCACAGAGACUUGCAGGUUUGUGUCAAGUUACCGAACACCUUUUCCUCAGCAACGGCAGAGCUGCAAAUGAUAAGGCCAUCAUAUCUCAUUUCAACAUCACUUGCAUCAUCAAUGCCACACAAAACAUCACAAACACUUCCACUGCAGAGGUGGAAUAUGUCCAUAUACCUGUUACAGACUCUCCAUCUUCGCCUCUGAGUGAGUUCUUUGAUGAGGUAGCGGAUAAAAUCCAGCUCGUUGGGGAGCAGUGUGGACGCACAUUGGUUCACUGCAAUGCAGGUGUGAGUCGCUCAGCUACGUUAUGCUUGGUGUAUCUAAUGAAAUACCAUGGAAUUACACUUUUGGAGGCCCACAAAAAGGUCAAAUCUUGUCGACCUAUUAUUAGGCCAAACAAUGGAUUCUGGAAGCAACUCAUCCAGUAUGAGCGCAAGCUCCGUGGUGAUGCCACGGUCACAAUGAUAACUUCCCCCAUGGGUGAAAUACCUGACAUUUAUGAAGAGGAGACCAGAGAUAUGCUUCCUCUUUGACCUUCACUGUUAAAAUGAUUGUCAACCCAAUUGUAAAAAUGCAUUACUACUAUGUUUUAUAUCCAGUAUGUUGAGUUGAACUGGAAGUGGUCCUCUCAAAUGUUGUAUUUGUAAACUUUAUGAUUCUGAAUAAAAAAUUACACUUGUA